AUUCAUACACAGUUUUCAAACCCCAUUUCCAGUUUCCACAUCUUACUAUCUUUACCACGAUCUACUACUUCUAAUACCUACACAACUGCAGCAGUAUAUAGGCAACCAUGGCAGCAGCUAUCUUGGCAAUGUUUGUGAUGACUUUUGCUGUGGUCGUUGGCAACUCUGCUGCUGAUCCAGACAUGCUUCAAGAUAUCUGUGUUGCAGACUUCACUUCUGCGGCGAAAAUGAAUGGUUUCGCUUGCAAGGACGCGGCAAAUGCAACAGCGGAGGACUUCUUCUUCGCCGGACUGGCCAAGCCAGGACUCACCAACAACACCUUCGGCUCUUUGGUGACUGCAGCCAAUGUGCAGAAGAUUCCAGGGCUUAACACUCUUGGCGUGUCGAUGGCUCGCAUUGACUAUGCUCCCGGAGGCAUCAACCCACCUCACACUCACCCACGCGCCACGGAAAUAGUCUAUGUUCUUGAAGGUGCACUGAAUGUUGGGUUCAUCACCACAGCAAACAAGCUCAUUUCCAAGACCAUUGCCAAAGGUGAGGUGUUUGUGUUUCCAAAGGGGUUGGUUCAUUUCCAGAAGAACAAUGGCAAGGUCCCUGCUGCUGUGAUCGCCGGAUUUAACUCUCAGUUGCAGGGUACCGCCAACAUUGCCCUCACCUUGUUUGCCGCCACACCUCCAGUGGCAGAUGAUGUGUUGACUAAGACAUUCCAAGUUGGCACCAAGCAGAUCGAGAAGAUCAAGUCAAGGCUUGCACCCAAGUAGUAGAUAUAUAUAGCUUAAUUAUUUCUUCUCUUUAUGCAUGUUUGUACGUUAUUUAUUUCACUUGUGUUUGUUUUGCAAAUUGACGUGGGUUGUGGAAAUUUUAUUUUCUUUGUUUGAGGUUUGCGCCCAACUGCAGCCAAUCAUUAAAAGCAUCUAGCAGAUUUCCAAUUUCAGUU